AUAUAAUAUAUAUUUAUGUUAAAAAAAAGGUGCUCAAUGUGCAGCAAUUGGAAAUUGGAAAAGAGAGAAAAAUGGCGGCAACCAGUGACGAAGAAAUGGAUUCUCUGCUUUCCACUUUGGAUCAAAUCUACCAGGACUUCAAGACCGGCGCAGCCGAGAUCGAGUCGAGCAAAUCCGCGUGCAAUGCCGAGGCGAAGAAGCGAGAGGCUCUCGAAUUCACCUGCAACAAUCUCAGACAAGAAAACGAACGAUUGAGCAGAUUGUACACGGAGUCGUUCAGCAGUGUUGCUGAUCAGCUCGAGCGGCGUACAAGAAGCCAGAGCUUGAAGGAAGAGGUGAAGAAAAUGAGGGAUGAGUGGAUGAGUAAAGAAGAAGAGCACAGGAAAGCUAUUGAGUUGGUUAAGCAAGAUUAUGCUGCCAAGCUUGAUUUGGCGGCUCAAAUUAGAGGGUUUAUGCUUGAGAAGGCAAAACAUGAAGCAACCAUUAAUCACCUUCAACGGGAUUUAGCAGCCCAUAAGUCCCAUAUGCAUGUUCUAGCAAGCAGGUUGGACCACUUGCAGUUGGAUGUGGAAUCGAAAUAUAUUCUUGAGAUUCAGGAUUUGAAGGACUGCCUCGCAAUUGAACAGGAGGAGAAAAAUGAGUUGAAUAAAAAAGUCCAAGACUUGGAAAAGGAAUUGGUAGUUAGCAGAUCAAAGCUAGUUGAACAGAAACAAGACUCAAACUCAACUUGGCAGGUCGAAAUGCUGAAGACUAAGAUUAUGAAGCUGAGAAAGGAGAAUGAGAUCUUAAAGCGCAAGAUACUUCCUUCAGACAAGGGCUAGAUGCAGAUGGGGUGGCUGCAUAAGGUGUUUGAUGAACUCAGAUAGUUCAUUCCGUCCCAGAACUUGACUGAAAGGAUGUCAUAUAUGCAUUUUGUAUUAGUUCAACAGGAGGGCCUCUGUAGAUUAGUGGACAAAGUGGUUGUGCAAAUUCGUAGUAUGGAGUUUGGACUGGUGUAUCAGAGUAAAGUUUCUUUCUUUUUUUGGUGUGGAAUGUUGGAGUAAAGUAACACAGCAUUUUUCAGAUUCCUUGACUCUUCUAUUGCUUAUUAAGUAGUGGAUAAGUUCAUUAGUUAGGGCUCUUUUGGAGGUUCUACUCUAUAAAGCACUUUCACUCACUAGUGUUUUGUCAGUAGCACUUGUUCGUAGCACUUCUAUGAAAAUGCAGAUUGCACAAAAGUGCUUUUGAUA